AACUGAAAAUUAACUUUUUUCUUUGCACCCCUACCCUCUACCUUUUUCUCCCACAUCUCUUCUUCCUCAUUUUCUCUACUGAGUCUACACUCUUUCAACAAAUAUGGCUUCCCAAAAAUCCCCAAAUUUUCUACCUAUUUUACUUUCAUUUACCCUUAUUUUCUUCACUCUACAAGCUACCACCGCUGCAUCUGCUAAAACUCCGGCGAAAAAAGUUUUGAACUGUUUACCGUCGGAGCUCAUGCACCUUGCUUCUGCUUGUUUUCCGAUGGAAGAAUCUCCAGUAGAAUCCGAAGAUCUAUGCUGUGAGCUUGUCAAAUCUGUGAUCUCUUCAUCGGAAUCCGACCGACACUACGAUCUGAAAGAGUGUCUUUGUACAGCUGCGACGAUUAAUCAAAUAGUCAUCGGACGUGAUAGAAGAGUUUCUAAAGUCGUCGGAAGUUGUACCGGAGAAACUACAGCUAGGUAUAACUGCUUCUCUGAUAUCUAAUUCUCCAAUUAGCAGACUUAGAUCUCGAUAUCUGUUUUCAAUUUUUUUUUUUUUGCUAUGGUGUGAUUUUAGAUCCAAGUUUAAGUGUAAAUUUUUCAAUUUUUGUUCUGAGAUUCAAGUAGAUUAGUCCUUUAUUUCCAUUAAUGUUUUGUUCCUAAAAAAUAUGCAAGAAUGUUUAAGAGAAAUUAGCAGUAUUUAUUUCAUGGUGUUCAUUGAGUUUAUAGAAUUAGCAAAUUGGCUUUG